AUGGGUUUCUCGGAGGAUAUGCGGCGGGAAUGCGCCGAAAUAUGGGAUACCGAGCACAACCAUCCACUAGUUACUGGAAUUGGCGACGGUUCUCUUGAUCUGGAAAAGUUCAGAUUCUAUAUGCGGCAGGACUACAUCUAUCUGAUCGAUUAUUGCCGGGUGAUUGCGCUUGCCGCGGCCAAGACACAGGAUGUUGAGGAUAUGGGGUGGUUCGCCAAGCUGCUGGACGAGACGCUGAAUACUGAGAUGUCGCUGCAUGUGAGUUUCUGCGAAGACUUCGGGAUCAGCGAAACGAACUGCUGGCGACGCCCUUCGCCUACUACACAGGCUUAUACCCGCCACCUUCUGCAGAUCGCCUUCAGGGGGAGCAUCGGCGAGAUUUCGAGUUCCAUCUUGCCGUGCAUGUGGGGUUACAGCGAGUCGGGCAGAUGUUGUAUGACCGGGGCAUACCGGAGGACGCGCCGCUGUAUGCUCGCUGGAUCCAAAUGUAUAACUCGCCGGAGUUUGCGGAGCUUGCGUCGUGGCUUCGGGGAUUCUGGACCGCAUCGCCGAAGGCUGCGGAGAGGCUGA